AUGGCCGACAUUGAGGGCGCAACCCAGGUAGAGGGCGACGACGUCGAGAUGGUCGGUGAAGAAGAUGCAGCCGAGGUCGCCGAUGAUGCUGCGGCCGGUGAAGAUCAAGAAGAGACUGUAGUGUCAACCAUCAACCCACAAACUAUCUUCCUCGAAUACCUCAAGUCUCCUAUCGUUGAUCUGAACAUCGGAUCAGGAGCGGAAAAGACCAAAUUGACGGCUCACCGCGCCCUUCUUGAACGAUCAUCAUACUUCGCCGAGAGACUUGCCGCCCUCCCAGCCAACAAGCUUACCCUCGCUUUCCCGGAUGAGUCUCUUGAUGCUUUCGGCUGCUUCCUCCAGUACCAGUACACCGGCGAAUACUUUCCACGGCGCCUUCCAAAUGUCCCAGACGGACUCGAAACCGACCCCAGCCAGCCUGCUGUCGACGACACCGGCUCUCAGCUACUCAAGCAUGCGCGAGUCUACACUCUUGCGGAGAAGCUACAAAUUCCAGAACUGAAGACGCUCGCUCACUCAAAGAUCCACCGCAUCAACUCGACCGCCGUUGGGGAGAUCGCAUACGCCAGAUAUGUGUACGGCAAUACGCCUCAAGACGAUGUUACAAUACGCAAGCCGGUUGCCGCGUUCUGGGCCACCCGAUCGCACGUGCUCCGUCACGAGGCUGAAGAAGAGUUCAAGGCUAUGUGUCUCGAUCACCCACAGUUCGGUUUCGAUGUGCUCAGCAUAGUUCUGGACCAACGGGAGAAGAGGCAGCGCGAGCGCGAGGAGGAUGGUACACCGGGCGGCUCAAAGGGACGCAAGCGUAUGCGACCUUCGGUGCAGGAUCGGCCAUGUAAGCGUUGCAUAAAAAGAAACAUUGGCCAUUUGUGUCAUGAUGAGCCGCGUGAGGCGCAACGGAAAUCCAAAGGCGAGCUCGACAUUGGAGCCGAAGAUGAGAAGUCGCCGAAAGACGAAUAUGCUGUGACGCCGACCCUGCCUGGUGCUUCGAUGACGGAGGAGAGCAGCUCGGCACUGAUGCAAGACAACAUCAUGGGUAUGAUGCCUGAUGCCUCUGACAAGACGCCUAACGCUAAUUCAGGAGUGCCAGCACAACCGAAUGCUCUGAACGGAAAUGCACAAACUCCAUUCGGCUACAACAACCAAUGGCUUGCUUCGCAGAACCAGUUCCAGGACAUGCACAACUACCAUCCGAACUUUAUGUUUAAUGCCAAUGAGGUUGCCGAUGAAUACAACCUUGUCAACGACUUCCUCAGCACGAGUCUGCUGGAAGAGGGAACGAUGUAUGCCAACGACGAGUUUCGAGGCGCGUUCAGUGAUCCUUCGUUUGGGAACUUCAAUGCCGUGUCCUUCCCACCGAACAAUGGCGCCUUCCUACCAACGCCACAGCAACAGAUGCCAAACAAUCAGGCCGCCGCCGCACAGGGUGCAUCAAUAUCGAGGCCAGCCAGCACGAAACCAAUAUCGGACAAGGCACGAGAGAAGUACUACAUGACCGCGGCCGACCCUGCUGGGAACGAUCCGCCUGAAGAGCGCAUGAAUAAGCUGUUGAAGGCGAAGUACGAUGCUGGAUUACUGAAGCCGUUCAACUACGUGAAUGGCUACGCACGACUCAAUAAGCCCAAGUUCAGAGAACGAAUGCAAAGCUUGACGGACAUCGAGUUGGUGCUGGUCGAAAUGUGGUUUGAACGUAACUUGAUGGAAUACGACCGUGUCUUUGCAAGCAUGGCUAUACCAGCCUGCUGUUGGCGAAGAACAGGCGAGAUCUUCCGGGGCAAUAAGGAGAUGGCCGAGCUGAUUCACGUCCCGAUAGAGUCAUUGCGAGAUGGCAAGCUUGCAAUACACGAGAUCAUUGUCGAGGAUCAGCUGGUCAGCUACUGGGAGAAGUUCUGUGCCAUCUGCUUCGAUCAGCAGCAGAAAGCCAUGUUGACGAGCUGUACUUUGCGAAGUCCUACAGCGGGCUCGGACAGCCCUGACAUCCACUGCUGUUUCUCAUUUACGAUCAAGAGAGACAAUCAUAACAUACCGUCCCUGAUUGUUGGCAACUUCUUGCCAAUGGAUCCGCCACAAGGCUGA